AUGUCCGACGAGAAUUCAAACGCAAACCAGUCUAAUGGUGUAAAUGCACCUACCUCCAUUACAUCGUUAGAUUGCAAGAUUCUUCAAUACCAAUAUGCUAUAAUGAAACUUGAAACGCUACUCAAACUCACAAAGCACAUUAUCGACAAUCAACAAUUUCCGCUCAUGCAUUAUAUCACCCUUUUACCAGCCAAUAUAUUUUCCAUAAACGAUAAGGCUUUUGAUGCUAAGAUCGAGCUUUUGUCAAACUUCGAGUUAUUUAAGAAUACUCCGAUUACUAUCAGUGCCCUCACGUCUCAUAUUCCCUAUGAUACCGCGGACACCGCCGUUGUGCCAUUGGAAACAUUACCUGAGUUAACAACCGCGAUUAAAUGUGUACGUGCAUUUGAAUCUUUGUGUACCACGUGCUUACAGGGUUAUCGUAAGCGGUUGGCAGCUGCCCAGACGGAAAAGCCUAAUACAUAUGGUGGUGAAUUAGAGAGAAUUAUCAACGAAGAUAUAUUAGCUAUGGAAUUGAAAAGUGAAGAUUUCACAUUCCCCAAACCCGAAGAUUGUGACUUCAGUGAUCCGGAUUUCCUCGAUGCAACCUUGAUAGACAUCGAUAUCAAACAAGUGUUCACGGUAUGCAGCCAUCUUGAGACUAUAUUGGAUAAGCUCAAGCCCCAAAUUGACGAAUUAAAGAAGUGCAAUCUUGAUACUAUGUCAUACCAUCUCCAUAGAAUAUUCUUAAUUACUUUGCAUAUGAAUGAAACAUACACCAGUUUCCGCCGGUACGGACGCAAAAUUUAUUUAUCCAAUUAUGACCAUCUUACUGAUUCGAAAUUCGUGAUACAAGCGAAAAACCAAACACAUUUCAGAGGUUUAUUGAGUAAUAUGGAUGAAUUGUUCAAUUCAGGAAAGAAAAAUGGGAUUUUAAUUGCUAAUUUAACAAGACUUCUUCGACAAAGUGCCGAAUUUGAAGUCAAUGCUAAGAACAUUCAAUUGUUAAUUAACUUUGUUAAUCAAGGUUAUCUCAUGCUUGAGAAUUCAAUGACCAAAUUGAAGCAGUUUGGACUUAGUUGGGUACUCACGGAAUUGAAGUUUAGACGAGCUUACAAUUUACCCAAGAAGAAUUUGUUUGAAUUGUUUCAAACCAUUCCGGAAUUUAAACAACAGCCUAAAGAACAGCCCAAGCCUACAUUAGUUUUACCCAAUAGUAACAUUAGCAACAACAAAUUAGAGGCAUUUCCAUCAAUAUCCAAUGAUAACAAUAAUAGACUUCGGGCACCAUUAUCACCACUUAGAAGAUCACGUUCAUCGUCGAAUUCCAGUAUAUCUAGUAUUCCAAGUAUUAAUGGCCAAUUAUCAGUUCCAUCGAGUAAUACUCGAAGAUCGGUAUCUCCUAAACCAGUUUACACUCAAGAGAAUGCAUCCACUUCAGUUAUUCCUAGUGGUUCGCCUACCCGAACAGUUGGUACCAGAAGAAGAUCUAAUUCUCAACCUAUUGGGAAUUCUGGUGCGGCGACGAGUGGUGCAGCAGCAGCAAUUACUCGAACAGGAAGUAUUUCGUCCUCGCUUCAGAAUGAAUUAUCUCGUCGAAGAUCUAAUGGAAGUAUCAGUUCACCAUUACGUAACAAACCGGCAGUUAUUGCUGAAGAGGAGAAAUCAGAAACGAAAAAGACAAGUAGUGCUGCUGCUGCUGCCACAGCCGGUGCUGCUCUGGCUGUUGCUGCAAAUACUGCCAAGGCAUCAGCAUCACAAAGGUUCCAACAACAUCUUAAACAGGGUGCUAAAAAUGGUGCUAAAAAUGGUGCAUUGAUGACACAAACGGCGGCCAAAUUAACCACGAUGACUUUUGAUCCUAACAAUCCUUCAAAAGUGCCUCUUAGAAAGUACAUUGACCCUCCAGCACCUCCACCAGCGCCAGCUCCUAUUUCAUCAUCGCCUCCUAAGGUGUCACCUAUUAAAAAGGAAACUGUGACUCAAAGAAAUACCCGAGCUAACUCGGUGGUUAUGUCAGAAUCAGAACUCCUGGACAUAACCUCUGAAUCUAUUACUAGUAGUUCCAGUUCAGUUAAUGGUACCGGAAAGAAGGUGAGGUUUACUGGUGUACCUAAAUGGACGGAGGCUGAGGAUGCACCUACAAAAUAUUCCCAUACUAUAUUGAGGAACUUUGGUGUGUUUAGAAAACCAGUCAGAUUAGCCAAGAGUGACCAACUAUUGAAGGAGGAGAGUAUGAGUUUUAGACAUAGCAAAGUGUGAUAGUUCUAUAUUUCUAUUUAAUGAGUAAUGUUUAGAAUAUGUAUUUCUUUUGCAACAAACAAUCUGAGUUUCGGGAGUU